GUGAAAAACAGAGGAAACUCUUACAUAGACCUUAAAGAACACGAUGGAUUACUUCCUUUUUCACUCCCCGAAUUCGAAUUGUUCAUCGGAAUCCUCGUUGGGGUCAUCGGAGUUUUUCCCGAUGGAUCACAGUUCCCUUCCUUUCAACGAGAAUGACUCCGAGGAGAUGCUUCUGUACGGGCUGCUAGCGGAGGUUAAGCAAGAGACCCCGGAGGUCAGUUCGACGGAGGCGGAAAUCGCGACGAAAGUAAAGGUCUACCGGGGCGUGAGACGGCGACCGUGGGGGAAGUUCGCGGCGGAGAUAAGGGAUUCGACCCGAAACGGGAUAAGGGUUUGGCUCGGAACGUUCGACAGCGCGGAAGCAGCAGCUAUGGCUUACGAUCAGGCCGCUUUUGCGGUGAGAGGCUCGGCGGCGGUGCUCAACUUUCCGGUGGAGAAAGUGAGGGAAUCAUUAAAAGAAAUGAAGUGUAGCCAGGACGAAGGGUGUUCGCCGGUGGUGGCUUUGAAGAGAAAACACUCGAUGAAGAGGAAGAUGACAAGCAGAAGCAAGAGAGAAAGAGACGGCCGCGGCGGCGGCGACGGCAGUGUGAGGAUAAACAAUGAGGUGGUAUUUGAGGACUUGGGGGAUGAUUUUUUGGAGCAACUUCUCACUACUACCGAUCAAGCAGCUACACCUUGGUGAAUCAAAUACAUAUAC